AUGCAUCAGUUUGUGCAUCAUCACUUAUAUGUCGUCAUUGAAAUUUACUUGCUUGCUAACCUCGGUAUUCUAUCUGAAAUUAUUCAAGUUGAAGAUCAUGGUCUCAGUAGUAGCUUCUUUCCAUUCAUAGUUGUUGAGGAUGAUGUUUGCACUGAGAUCUGUACGCUCGAGAGUAAAAUAGAAUUGGUUGUGACAGAUUCAUUCCUCCGUGGCACUGAAAAAUUAGAAGCACACAAUCAAGCCAUGGAUUUCAUCCAUGAAAUGGGAUGGCUUCUUCUGAUAAAUAGUUUGAGGUUUAGGUUGGGGUACUUGGAUCCCAACUCAGAUCGUUUCCCUUUUAAACAGUUCAAGUACCUCGUGAAAUUUUGUGUUGACCAUGAUUCGUGUGUGGUUGUAAAUAAACUCUUGGACAUUCUUUUCAGUGGAGUAGUGGGUGCAGGAGAGCAGCAUUUUCCUUCACCGAGCGAGCAAACUUAUCAACGAAACAGAAGUAAAAAAGCAAGUAAAAAUAAUUAUCGCUUAUUGUUAUUGUUAUGUCAUGUUUCGUCAAGGGCAGCCUAUUUAUUCUUUGCCAUACAGAGGCUAUAG